AUGGGGUUCAGAGAUGUCCGUUUGAGCACACACACACUCUAUAUCAAAUUCUUUGAUCCUGGAGAUGUUCUUAUUGUGUGCCUUUAUGUUGAUGAUUUAAUCUUCACCGGAAAUAAUUCAAAGAUUAUUGCUGAAUUCGGGGAGGCUAUGAUUAGACGCUUUGAAAUGACAGACUUGGGCCUAAUGUCCUAUUUCCUUGGCAUUGAGGCCGUUCAACAAAAUGAUGGGAUAUUUAUUUCUCAGAAAAAGUAUGCAAGUGAUAUUUUGAAGAAAUUCAAGAUGGAGCAUUCAAAGCCUAUUUCCACGCCAGUUGAAGAAAAGCUGAAGCUGACAAGAGAGAGUGAUGGAAAAAGAGUAGAUUCAACUCAUUAUAAAAGUUUGAUUGGAAGUUUGAGAUAUUUGACAGCAACAAGGCCAGAUAAAGUGUAUGGAGUUGGUUUGCUCAGCAGAUACAUGGAGGAGCAGCGUGUUAGUCACUUACAAGGAGCUAAGUGGAUUCUUCAUUACAUCAAAGGUACUCUGACCGAGGGAAUAUUUUAUGGUAGUAAUAGUGAUGUGAAGCUUGUUGGAUAUAUAGACAGUGAUUGGGUACUGGAGCAAUUUCAUGGUCUUCAAAGAAACAACCAGUUGUCGCGCUUUCUACGGCAGAGGCAGAAUAUAUUGCAGCAACCAAUUGUGCUACUCAAACAAUAUGGCUGA